CUGAUUUUAUGACGAUGUCAUCCUCGACAUUGCUUAUAAAAACGACAUAAAAUACGAAAACUCACCUUUUUCAAUAUUUCUAAUAAUUGCCCUAGACAUUUGUGGGAAAUUGGCGUUUAUUUAACAAAUUUGGUUUUCUUUGGGGAGUUUUUUUGGUGAGGUGUUGUCAUGUUGUUAUGGCUCGAGAUUUCCCUUGCUGUGACGUCAUUUGUUUCCAGUCUGUUAUAUUUUUGCAUGCACAUUUGGCGCCAAGAAUUUGGAAUACUGAAAAUGGCGGCGUCGGAUAACAGUAUGUCGUCCGAAAACGGAAUUGAUGAUCAGAACAAAACACCGCCUAAAGAGAAUGAAGCCCCGAAAAUACAACAAGAAAGCAAACAAAGGCUUGUGAUCACACAUAUUGUCAAUGAGUUUUUCAAAUCAUAUGCUGGAAAACAAGUUUUAGGCCCAUUUCACAAGAGUUUUUCUUCUAUUGUUGGACCAAAUGGGAGUGGCAAAUCAAAUGUCAUUGAUGCUAUGCUGUUUGUCUUUGGAUACCGAUCCAAAAGAAUUAGAUCCAAAAAGCUGUCAUUGCUUAUCCACAACUCCGAUCAGCAUUCAAAUGUACAAAGCUGCACAGUUAGUGUUCACUUCCAAAUGAUUGUUGAUUUGCCUGGUGAUGAGUUUGAGAUAGUCCCUAACAGCCAAUUUGUAGUGUCACGGACAGCAAGAAAAGAUGGCUCCUCAGACUAUUAUGUUGAUGGCAAAAAGAAAACAUUUAAAGAAGUUGGUACUCUGCUCAGACAAAGUGGCAUUGAUCUUGAUCAUAACAGAUUUUUAAUUCUACAGGGUGAAGUUGAGCAGAUUGCGAUGAUGAAGCCUAAAGCAGAGACUGAGCAUGAUGAAGGCAUGCUGGAAUACCUUGAGGAUAUUAUUGGUACUAGUCGCUUCAAAGAGCCGAUUGAACAACUUGCCAAGGAGGUUGAAGAUCUCAGUGAGAAAAGGAAAGAAAAGCUUGAAAGAGUGAAAGUUGUGGAAAAGGAGAAAGAUGAAUUAGAAGGUGCCAAAGAAGAGGCAGUGCAAUUUUUGUCUUCAGAAAAUGAAAUAACAAAACUGCACAACUGCUUGUAUCAAAAAUACUUAUACGAAUGUAAAUUAAACAUCGAAAAAGCUGGAAAGAAGAAGGAUGAAGUUAAAAAACAACUGGAUGACAUUCAAGCCACGUUUAAAGAAAUCUCUGAUCAAGUAAAAGAGAAAGGCAAAGGACGGAAGAAAAUAUCAAGAGAGUACGAGAAACUGACGAAUAUUGCCGAAAAGUGCCAACAAGCAUUCACCGAGUUCGAAAAUAAGGAUGCCGCUUUACGAAAUGACAAAGUUCAUCGGGAUCGUGAAGCCAAGAAACUGCGUAAAGCUUUGGAAAAAGAGAAAGAAAAACUUAGCGAUCUAACUACGGAGCCCGAAAGGAACAAUGCUGAAAUCGAGAGGCUGAAAAAGGCGCAGGUCGAGUUAGAGGCUGAAAAGUCCAAGAAAGAAGAAAAAUUGAACGAAAUAAUGGCAGGUUUAAAGGACGAAACCGAGGGCAUGCAGGCUGAGAAAGAGGAAAAAGAGAAUGAACUGAUGGAAAAGAAGAAAGUUGUAAACGAAACGAAGUCUAAACUUGAUCUGGCGAAAGGAGAGUUAGAACUCUACCUAAGUCAGCACAAAAGCCUUAAAGAACAAUUGAAGGCUGCUGAAGAAAAUAUGAAAAACGCCGCGAAUACAAUUGACAACAGAAAGAGUGAAAUAACUGCAUUGACAAAGGAGGUACCUGAACUGGAGAAGAAAUGCAAAACGACGGAAAAGGAACUUGUGAAAGUAACAAAGGAAGAAGAGGGUCUUGCAACGAAGGUGAAGUCUUCAAAAGCAAAGUUGGAAGAAGUGAGAAGUUCUUUGAAUGCAUCCAAAAGCAGAAAUUCAGUUUUAUCUGCAUUGAUGGGGGCAAAGAAAUCUGGAGAGCUGCCGGGAAUUUACGGUCGACUUGGGGACCUGGGAGCUAUUGACGAAAAGUAUGACGUGGCAGUGAGCACCGCCUGCUCUCCGUUGGAUCAUGUUGUUGUUGAGGACAUCGACUGUGCAACCAAGUGCAUUGAGUUCCUGAAGAAGAACAAUGUUGGCGUCUCGACGUUUAUCAGCCUUGACAAGAUGGAGGUAUGGAGGGAGAAAGCAAAGACUAAGAUCACAACGCCUGAAAAUGUUCCACGUCUCUUCGACCUGAUCAAAGUCAAUGAUGCCAAAGUCAAGAAUGCCUUUUAUUUCGCACUCAGAAACACCUUGGUUGCCAAUACCCUUGAGCAGGCCACUCGAAUUGCUUACGGAAAGGAUGGCAAAAGAAACCGGGUAGUGACCGUCAAAGGUGAACUCAUUGAGGCAUCUGGAACAAUGUCUGGUGGUGGGAAAUCUGUUUCAAGAGGAAGGAUGGGAGGAAAAAUCGUGCAAGAUGUCGAUGCUAGAGAUGUUGAAAAAAUUGAAAAAAAUGUCGAGGCAGAUGUCGAGAAAUUAGAGGCAUUAAGUGAACGAAAGGUAGAGUUGGAGAGGGAACUGGAAGCCAUAAAAAAGGAGCUUGCUGCAAAGAUGCACAGCCUCCAAAAAGCGAAUAUGGAAAUACAGGCCCUGACAGAGCAGUUGAAAGAGCAAAAGGAGAGAGUUGUGACUCUUGAGGAACAACUUAAAAAGGCGGUUCCUGACAGAAACCACAUUGAUAGUCUGGAAGCAGUUGUGUCAUCUUGCACGAAAGAUUUUAACAAAGCAUCAAAAGCUGCCGGUACUAUCGAAGAGGCUGUCCAGAAGUUACACAAGAAGAUCAUGGACAUAGGUGGCUCAAAGCUUCGAUCGCAGCAAAUGCAAGUGGAUUCCGUCAAGAAACUGAUGGAUGAAGUUUCACAAGAAAUUUCAAAGGCUAACGUGGCAAUAAAAACAGCCAAAAGAAAUCUGACGAAAGCUGAAGAAAAAUGCAAGUCGCUAGAGAAAGAGAUUCAGGAAAAUGAUGAAAUGCUUGAAAAAAUAGAUAAAGAGUUUGUCACUCUUGAAGACGAGGCUGCUAAAGUAAUCGAAGAAAGAGAAGAGUCACAGGCACAAGCCGAGGUUGCCAAAGAGGAGUUGCAAAAAAUCAACGCAGAAUGCACGGAGCUUGAAAAGAAUGAGAGCGAACUAAAAGCCAAGGAAGUCGACGUCAAACAUGAACUGCAGCAAUAUGAAAACAUACUGAAGGAGAAUUCGAUGAAGUUAAGACAUCAUAAAGACAAGAUCAACAAACUGUCGCUUCACAAUGUUGGAACUGAGGCAAGUGAACCAGAAAAACUGCCAACAUUCGAGGAUGAGGAGUUGAAAGACAUUGACCAAGAGAAUCUGCAGUACAAAAUAUCUGUGGAAGAAGAAAAGCUGAAAGCAAUGCAACCAAAUAUGGCUGCUAUCGCUGAAUAUCGCAAGAAGGAAGAGGCCUAUUUGGAACGCGUUGCACAGUGUGAUGAAGUGACAUCAGAACGUGAUACCAAGAGAAAAGAGCAUGAAUCUCUCAGAAAGCAAAGACUGGAGGAGUUCAUGGCUGGAUUCAGCACAAUCACCACAAAGUUGAAAGAAAUGUACCAGAUGAUCACGCUUGGGGGAGAUGCAGAGUUGGAAUUACUGGACAGUCUGGAUCCAUUUUCAGAAGGCAUAGUUUUUAGCGUGCGACCUCCCAAGAAAUGUUGGAAGAAUAUUUCGCAUCUUUCCGGCGGGGAGAAGACAUUGAGCUCACUUGCUUUGGUAUUUGCACUCCAUCACUACAAACCAACACCCCUCUACGUCAUGGAUGAAAUCGAUGCUGCCUUGGACUUCAAAAAUGUGUCAAUCGUUGCAAAUUAUAUAAAGGAACGGACCAAAAAUGCCCAGUUUAUCAUUAUCAGUCUACGGAAUAACAUGUUUGAGCUGGCUGAUCGCCUGGUUGGAAUCUACAAAACAAACAACUGCACCAAGAGUGUUGUUAUAAACCCUGAUCUUCUAGUAGCGUCGUAGAAUUGCAUUUAACAUGUUUGUAAGGUCUUACGCAUGUUUGAACGUGGUUGUGAGGUCUUACGAAAUAUUUGUAUUUAUACUGCAAACCCAUACUGAAACAUCCUAAUGGUAAGCUUAUGCUUUUUCAAUUGUAGUAGCCACAUCAACCUAAUCAUGGUAAGUUAAAUCUUUUCUUAUUUGUCUAGUUAAAAAUGUGUAUCGAGAAAGGUUUUUCGUCUUUUCUAUUAAAUACUAGUAUGUAAUUUUUGUUGAAUAAUUUAAGAAAUUUCUUCGUUAUCAACUACUUUUUGAUCA